GCCCUGCGAUUUCUGACCCUAGGCUUCUGCCUGAACUGAAACUCAAGUGGAGUUCAGCUCAUGACUUGCGGCAGUUGACAAGGAAAUCCACCUGUUGCUGUGGCCGGAAGGGUUUUCAGUCCUGUAGGCAGCCAGAGGCCACAGGUGGAUUCUGUUUUAGGCUCAUGAGAUUUGGGACUUGCUAUUCAAGAAAAUGCCUAUUGAAGCGACAACAGUAGCUAUGACCCAACUGCCGGGUGCCUUGCUAGCUCCUAUACGUCCCACAGGAUCCUCACAGCCCCUGGAAGAGGUGCUACUACUCUUAUCCCCGGGAGGAAACGGAGGCUGAGCGAGGUUAAGUGAUGACAUGCCCAAAUCACACAGCUCGGCAGUGGCCAGGCCGAGACACCAGCAUUGGCAGUCUGCUUGCAGGACCCUCACUGUCAUCCCCUGAGCCAGAGCGUCUUGGGCCCUGGGGUCAGGAUGUCUCGAGUGUGGAGGCAUCACCGGUUGGUGACAGUCUCUCGAAGAUCACUGAGCUCUGUGCCCACAAUCGAGUGAAGGGAGUCUGUGGAGGGGUGGCCCUGUGUGUGUGGACAGUGUGUUACACAGACACUGCUUCGGAUGGACGCCUCUCCCGUGACCUCCUAGCGUCACAUCCCAAAGGAACCACUGUUGCGGAGGUGGACCGCUGGGUACAAACCCGUGUGCAUUUCUCUGGAGACACUGGCCAAGGAAAAUGACACAUGCUCGAAGGCCAACAGCCACAUGCCCUGCCACGAUGUGACUGCAAAGACCCGGGGUGUAGAAGGGUGUCUCUGCUUGGUGGGGGUACAUGUGCAGGCCAAGGAAAAGCAGGAAGAAGUCCGCCUCCGACUGCCCACCGGACUGCGCGGCAGCAGUGGGUGGUGGGACAGUCAGCUAAGCCAUUUGCCUAAGUGGCCAUUGGCCAUCUGCGUCCUGGGGACCGACAGCGUGGGUGUGUUCGGAGGACCUUUAUGGAGCACAUUGCUGCCUCUGGCUAGGACAGGGUGGAAAGGGUGGCGUGCCUACAGCCUGGCCCAAGGGCACCGUCCUACCCUUGGUUCUGUGCUUCAACGGGUCAGUCAUGUGCUGGGGUCUGUGGUCCCAUGACUCACAUGGUGAGCUCUGACCUUCCUGAGUCAGGGCUUUGCUGUGGUUCUGCCUGGCCCCAGGAGUUCUAGGACAAGGGGACCGCUCCAGGUCUGCACCUAAGGUGUGGCAGGGCCCCUCGACACUCCUGUGCGCUGGUGUCCUCCUUCCCUUUGAGGACCAGAAUCUGCACACGCAGAUGGGCAGCUACUUGUCUGCCUUGGCCCUUUAUUAGAUAACUUGCUGGGCGUGUGGUGAUGUCACCCCCAGGCAGUCUGAGCCCCUUUGUGAUGUCCUGGGGCUGGCUGCCUGACUCCCAAGGGGUGCCGCUGGCCACACUGCACUAGCAUGUUUGCCAGAUGGAGAACAAGCCUUCGUUGAGUAUGGCUCGCUCUAAAGAAAGGAAUCCGAGAGGACAGGGACACAGCUCGGAAAGGGAGCCUUUUCCUCCCCGAUCGGACUCAGAGAUCUGCCAUCACCCAGCAGAUCCUUCCAGUGCCUGGGACUACCCGGUGUCUCCCGGGAGCCCUGACUUGAGGAUGCUGAUGGAAGAAAUAGCUUUCCAGUCUCUGGCCGAGGAGGCUUCCUUGAGAAGGCCACGCCCCGGCGGUGACGUCUCGCCCCAGGGAGAAGAUAAUCUCCUCUCCCUCCCCUUUCCGAAGAAACUGUGGAGACUGGUCAACAGCAAUCAGUUUUCUUCCAUCUGGUGGGAUGACGGUGGGACUUGUCUAGGGAUCAAUCAAAAACUCUUUCAAAAGGAGAUUCUCGAAAGGGACAUCCGGGACAAAGUUUUUGCCACGGACUCGCUAAGGAGCUUCCUUCGCCAGCUGAACUUGUAUGGCUUCCGAAAACUGCGUCAACGCACUUUCAGGACCCUCACCGACAUUUUCCCCGCACAGCGGCCAGUCUCCAUCUUGAACAAGUUACAGUUCUACUGCCAUCCCUACUUUCAAAGAGACUCCCCUCACCUCCUCGUGAGGAUGAAGAGAAGAGUGGGCGUCAAGUCUGCACCAAGACAGGGGGAGGAGGGCCAGCCAGGAGCUGCGGAAUCCCGUCUGGCACCAGCAGGCACCGAGCAACAAGAUCACACAUCUCCGAGUGAGGAUGAGCAGGUCACACCACAGCACCAGGACCCGGCCGGUCCCAGCAGCCAAAUCAGGAGUGGCUCUGCUCCACCAGCAACUGCUGUGACGGCACCCCAUCCCGCCGUGGCGGGUGACAACGCUCCGCUGGCCCAGCCAGCCGGCGAGUGGUCGGAGGGCAGCCGGGCUGACGUGGCUCCGGUGGCAGCUGUCCCUGGGCCUGCGGCGCUGCCCUUCCUCUGUUUCCCCGGAUCUCCCACCCAGGUGAAUUCCGACGGGCCUGUGGCGGCCCUUCCCCCAGCGCCCCCCGGGACCCUUGCCUUGGAGACCACAAGACACCCUGCGCCUGGCAUGCCGCCCUUUUGCCGUCUCUGGGUGCCGUUGCCCCUAGUGGCUGCUGUGGCUGCACAGUCUGCUGCCUUCAUGGCCAUGUUCCCCCAUCCCCCAGCUCUGCCCCACCAUUGCCCCGACUGCCACCACAUGUCACAGUGCACGCCAGCUAGCCAUGUGCUCCAGGCGUACCCAGACGACGCAGACCACCACACAUAGAGGCGAGCAUUUGGGCAGAACAUGUGCUGGUCAAUAAACGUGUCAGGAAAUGGGUAAUUUUCUGACUGCACAAAAAA